AUGGCUACGAACGACCCCGAAGAGCUCAUCCUGCCCACAAGAUUCGAAGUCGAAUUGGAAUUCGUCCAGUCGCUGGCCAAUAUACCCUACCUCACCUACCUGCUAUCCCAACAACAGCAGACCUGGAAGGAUCCCAAGUUCAAGAACUAUCUAAAAUACCUCGAGUACUGGACAAGACCACCGUACGUUCAAUGCAUUGUAUAUCCAAACUGUCUCUUUAUGUUGAAGCUACUGAACGGCUUCAUGGAUAAAGCUACAAUCAAUGAUGACGGUCUAUUAGAAGGGCUAGAUGAUCUGCCAAAGAUAAUUCAACUACAUGGUGCUCAAUGGAUGAACGAGAUGGUUGAUCGCUGGGCCUCUCGUGAACCGUGA